AUGCUCAAAUCUCUCUUCCUCGCGGUUCUGUCCGCCUCCGCCGCCGUUUCGGUAGCGAUCCCCGUCGAGCCCGUGGUCGAGCCCACCGUUGAGACCGUAGCCGUGCCACAGGUCAAGGCCGCAGCCGCAGACUGUGUCUACACCUGUGGUUCCGUCUGCUACUGGCAAGUGGACAUUAACGACGCCCUGGCGGCGGGUUAUUCCAACUACAAGUCCGGCAGCGCACCAGGUGGCUACCCUCACCAGUACAACAACUACGAAGGUUUCAGCUUCCCGACCGCGGCUCCGUGGUAUGAGUUCCCGAUCCUGUCGUCGUACAAGGUCUACACGGGCGGAUCUCCUGGUGCCGACAGGGUUGUUUUCGACAGCAAGGGAAAGUUGGACGCGCUGAUCACUCACACCGGGGCCUCGGGCAACAACUUUGUGGCCUGCAAAAAGGCUUAG